AUGGCUUCUCGCUUUAAAAGGUGCCACCGUAAUAAUGCGCAGAGACCAUCGUCGGCCCAAAUCUCUGUCACCGUCGCUGCUGCUGUUGAAAUCGUCAGCAACGCGGACCUUGUGGCGGAGAUCCUUAGGCGUCUGCCUGUGAAAUCCCUCCUUCGAUUCAGGUCAGUCUCUAAACCAUGGCUCUUUCUCAUCUCCAGUCGCCGCUUCUCUCUCCUCCACUUGCUACAGCAGCAGCAUCCACAUUUCCAUGAUCCGAAAAUCUCCGGCCUUUUCUUAUCCAAUAGAUACUUACCUGAAGUCAUCAGAUACAUUCCUCUCAUUCACACUGACUUGAAGAAGAAUCGAUGUAAUAGUUCUACUACUAUUAAUAAUGAUGGAGAUGUAAACAAGUCACUCGCUCUCCUCUUUCCUGAUACAAAUACUACUACUAAUACUACAAUCAUAGAAGACUCUUGUUAUGGUCUUCUACUCAUCUGCUGCGAAACUAAGCAGUCUAAUUACACCGGAAGGUCUUACCAUGUUUUCAAUCCUGCUACCAAGCAAUUCUCUACUCUUCCCUGGCCUUUUACCCACAAUGACGCUUAUCCUUCUGACUAUUUAUAUUUGGUUUUUGAUCCUUUGAAAUCACUUCACUACAAAGUUGUUUUGCUUCAAAAUUCACUAAAGUGUAAUGGCUACUCGUGUCAAGUACAAAUUUAUUCCUCAGAAACCCAUGCCUGGCGGGGGCCACAUCUCAAUAUUGGUGAUGUAUCAUUUACUGUGAAAUUAGAUUGUGGAGUCUAUUGGAAUGGUUCCAUCCAUUGGAUUUCCUUCUGCCCACUACCACAAGACACCUCCUUAUACUUUGAUGUUGAUCAAGAAAGAUUCUGCCCGAUGCCAUCACCACCAUAUCAGCUUGAUGCUUUUAAAUUCUUCCAUUUUGGGGAGUCCAGAGGUCAUUUGCAUCUUAUUGAUUAUAAUAAUGGUACCGGAUUUAAUUUCAACAUUUAUGAGAUGGAAAGUGAUUACUCCAAGUGGUCAUUGAAGUAUCGGGUUAGCCUUAACUUGGUUGAUAUUGCAUCAAAAGAGUUGAUGGUUGUCCGCCCUGAUACAGUCAGGGUGCUUCGUUUAAAUUAUGGUGAAGAUGAUGGGGAUGUGUUUUUGGUGCUAUUCGUAGACGCAACUAUGAUCAUCUCCUACAACAUUAGGGAUAACACCUUUAAGAAGCUUGAUGAUGUAGCAUGCCAUCCUGUUUCUUCUUUUUGCGAUCCUAAUUAUUCUUUUUGUGAUCGUUCGUGGCGUGUCCAUGGGCACAUUGAAAACGUCUUUCCUGUUUGA